UCCCACUCACAGCUGCUGUACCAAGCAGUGGACUUGUCAUGUGUACCGAGUAACCAACAACGGCGUAAACUUUUCAUUUGGAAGAUCGAUCGCAUUUCAUUUGACAGCCAAACACAAAUCAAUACCAUGCUUAGACGGAUACUUCAAAUGACUCCUGGGAAAGGAGGCUCUCAGAACUCUGAGUCAGACCAGCCCAGUGCAGACUUCAACAAUGACCAGACCUCUGAGGGGUUCAUCUGUCCCCAGUGCAUGAAGUCCCACAACUCAGCAGAGGAGCUAUUCAAGCACUAUGAGCUGUACCAUGAUUCAGGAGACCAGCCCUCACACAUGGGCCCUGGCCGUGAAGACCUUGUGCUUCUCCGGCAAGAGUUGCAAGAACUGCAGACUUCGCUCAAGGAGGAGAAAUGGUUCUCUGCGGAGUUGAAGAAGGAACUAGACAAAGUGCAAGGACACCUGAAGCAAGGUCUACAGAAUGAUGGCCAGACAGGAUUAGAGGAUUCUGCCUUGGCGAUUAAGCUGAACGAGGCGGAGACAGAGACGUUCAACAUCAAGCAGAUGAAAGACCUGUUUGAGCAGAAGGCUGCCCAGCUGGCCACAGAUAUUGUGGAUGUCAAGUCUCGUUAUGAUGAGGCGAAGAGCCUGAGGGAGGAUGCAGACCAGAGGCUGGCGAACCUGAGCCAGGAGCUGCAGAGAGAGAGGCAGGACAAGGACCGGCUCCACACUGAACUGCUGCAGCGGCCAGGAGUGGAGGACGUGGAGCUACUGCAGAAGGAGCUGAUUCAGGUGCAGACGUUGAUGGACAGGAUGACAUGUGAGAGGGAGGAGGAGUCCGAACACCUCAAGAGCAAAUAUGAGCAGCUGCAGGCUGACCACACCAGCUCAGAGAUGACCAUCUCCCAGCUGAAGGCAGAGCUAGAGAAGGGACCUCAGGAGGCAGCUGUGUACACCCAGCAGAUUCACCAACUCCAGAGCUCUCUGAACAACCUGCAGCAACAGAGCCAGAUGCUUUCAGAGAAGCUGCUGCGCAGGGAGAAGGAGUUUCAGGAGCUGGAGGAAGGCCUGAGGGCCGAGCAGGUCUCCAAGAAGACAGCCCAGGCCAGCCUGCACCAGAGGGAGCUGGAGGUGCAAGAGCUCCAGGCCCGGGCAGUGAGUGCCGAGGCCAGCCUGCAGAGAGCCCAGGCAGAGCUGGGGGAGCGGGGGGAGGAAGCCGGGAGGCUCCGAAGGGAGUUGGCUGAGCUGGAGGCCAAGCACAGGGAGGUGAAGACUGAGAGGAAGCAGCUGCAGCAGCAGAGGGAGGAGAGGGAGAGCCAGGGCCUGGCGCAGCAGAGUGAGAUCUGCCAGCUGCAUGCUAAGCUGCUGGAGGCGGAGCGGCAGCUGGGGGAGGUGCAGGGCCGUCUGAAGGAGCAGAGGCAGCUCUCUGGGGAGAAACUAAAGGACCGCGAGCAACAAGCCGCCGACCUGCAGAUCAAACUGUCCCGCUCAGAGGAACAGUUGAAGGAGAACAGCAGUAAGACAUUGGACCUGCAGCACCAGCUAGAGAAAGCUAAGCAGCAACACCAGGAGCUCCAGGGCCUGCAGCAGAACACCAACACCAAGCUCAGAGAGGCACAGAAUGACCUGGAGCAGGUGCUGCGUCAGAUCGGGGACAAGGACCAGAAGAUCCAGAACCUGGAGGCCCUGCUGCAGAAGACCAAGGACAGCGUGAGUCAGCUGGAGGCCGAGAGGGAGGACCUGGUGGCCAAGAUCCAGGCCGGGGAGGGAGAGACGGCUGUGCUCAACCAGCUUCAGGAGAAGAACCACACACUACAGACGCAGGUCACACACCUGACAGACAAACUGAAGAACCAAUCGGAGAGCCACAAGCAGGCCCAGGACAACCUCCACAAGCAGGUGCAGGAGCAGAAGACCCUUCUGCGGGCGACACAGGACCAAGCCCAGGCUGUGGAGACCUCUAUAAAGGAAGUGAACACCCAGCUGACCGAGAGCAGGGAGAAGGUGGCCCAACUGGACACACAGUUGAAGGCUAAGAUCGAGAUGCUGCUGUCGGCUGAGGCAGCCAAGGCAACCCAGAGAGUAGACCUGGAGAACCACCUGGAUACAGCCCAGCAUGCACUGCAGGACAAGCAGCAGGAGCUGAGUAAGAGCCUGGCGUGUGUGGAGGAGCAGUGCCGGAGGCUGCAGGCGAGACAGGAGCAGUGUGGCCAGCUGGAGGCCAGUCUGAAGGAGAUCAAAGACAAACUACUGAUCUCAGAACAGCGCUUAGAGCAGCUGGAGGUGCGGGCCAAGAAAGCGGAGGCGGAGGGGGUGGAGCUGCGUGCUGAGAGGAAGCAGGCCCAGCAGGAAGUGCAGAAGCUCCAGAAGCAGGGGUCGGAGGUCAAGGGAAAGCUGAAGGAGCUGGGUUGCCUAUUGGAGACUGAGAAGUCUGGAGCUGCUGAGUUACAGGUGGAGCUGAAGAGAAAAACCUCCUCCCUGAGUGACACGCGACAGCAGCUGGAGCAAUGUGAGCAGGAGAAGACCUCCCUCCAGGCCAACUUGGACAAGCUAGCCCAGGAGGGGCAGGCGCAGCAGGCAGAGCUGGACAGGAAAGCCCAGGGCUUGGCCAGAGAGCUCCAGACGGCCCAGCAGGAGAAGGAGGCCCAGGGGAAAGAGCUGGUGGCGGUCAAGGAUGGCCUGGCUAAGGCCUCCAAAGCCAUGAAGGACAGCCAGAUCCAGCUGGACAAGGAGAGGAAGAGCAGCAAGGCAGUUCUGGAGGAGAAGGAGAAGUCCCAUGAGAAGGCCAUACGAGAGCUGCUGAAGGCCACAGAGGCCACCACCAAGGAGAUGGCAGAGGUCAAAGGGCAGCUGGAUAAGAUCAGAGAGAUAGAAAAGGGGCUGAAUAUGCAGCUGACUGCAUUAACAGAGCAACACACCAAGACCCAGGAGGCCCUGAAAGAGAAGGAGAAGGGGGUGCAGCAGCUACAGGCACAGCUGACGACUGCCCAGGGGUCCUUCAGCCAGGAAAAGAAGAAGCUGGAAAGCCAAGUGACCGAGCUGCAAGGAUCACAUACCAAGAAGGCUGAGGAGGAGGGUCAUCUGAGGGAACAGGUGUCAGGCCUCCGCCAGGAUUUGAUCUUUGAGAGGACCAGGACCACUGAGCUGCAGGAGGUUCUAGAGCAGAGUCAGCAAGGCCUGGUCAAGCUGCAGUCUGACUACUAUGGCAAGGAGUCAGAGUUGUCAUCUCUCAGACAGGACCUCAAGGCGUCUGAGGAGAGGCUGACCCUGUCCCAGGAGGAGUUAUCUGCUAACCGGAUCCAGCUGACUGGUCUGGAGGGGCAGGUGCAGGCGGUAAAGGCUGCCAGGGCCUCCCUGGAGCAGGAGCUGGCUAAACGGGACCAGAAGCUUGGCCAGCAGGAGACGGCCCUCAAAGAGUUGCAGAAACAACAGGGUAUGACGCAGGAGGAGCUGCAGAAGGAGAGGAGCAGAGCAGAGGAGCUGAGCCAGACUAAGGCUGUCCUGGAGAAGGACACAACCAGACUGGGCUCUGAGCUGAAGGCACUCGGGGAGAGGAGUGACAAGGAGUUGAUGGAGCUGCGGGAAGCCAAGCAACUGUUGAUCCAGCAGAAGCUGGAGAUGCAGGGCCGGGUGGAAGAGGUGCAGGCUGCCCUGGAGCAGGAGAAGACCCUGCACCAGGCCACCAGAGACAGUGUUACCCAGAGAGAGGAGAAGCUACGGGCAGAGACCCAGGAGAUCCAGGCCCAGCUGGCGUCAGAGCGUAAUGCUCAUGAGGGGCAGGCGAAGCGGGGAGAGGAGGCGGAGGCGCGGCUGGGCCUGCAGGUGACUGCGCUCAACGAGAACGUGGCCACGCUGAAGAGGGAGUGGCAGGGGAGUCAGCGGCACUGCGGCGAGCUGGAGAAGCAGACGGAUGAACUGCGGGGCGAGAUCGCUGUGCUGGAGGCCACCGUGCAGAACAACCAGGACGAGAGGCGCGCGCUGCUGGAGAGGUGUGUGAAGGGUGAGGGGGAGAUGGAGAAACUGCAGGCCAAAGUAGUGGAGAUGAGGAGGAAACUGGAUGAUACGACAGCUGCCAUGCAGGAGCUUGGCAGAGAAAACCAGUCACUACAGAUAAAGCAGUCACAGUCUCUGACCAGGAAGUGGGCAGAGGACCACGAGGUACAGAACUGCAUGGACUGUGGGAAGGGCUUCUCUCUCGCCAUUAGGAAGCACCACUGCAGACACUGUGGCAACAUCUUCUGUGCAGAGUGCUCCGCCAAGAACGCCCUCAUACCCUCAUCCAAGAAGCCUGUGCGGGUUUGUGAAACAUGCUUCGAAGAUCUCCAGGCCUGACACCCCUCUUCCCCCCACCCACCCCCCAGUAGCCCAGCAACGGCAUGUCUCAUGAUGUCCAUUUUUUAUGUGCAUUCAUCUGGACUGAGGAACCAACACCAGUCUGUCUCUCUGUGAACCCCAUUGGACCAUGUGAAGCAAACAUACCUACUGAGCUUUGGAGAGGAGUAACCUGGUGAUGGGAGUGCAGAAGAAGUGGCCAGUCACUAUAGGGGCCGAUGGAGGUCACACAAGAAGAUAGGAACAUAAUGAAAGAAGCACUGCAGACAUUUCUGAGCUAUGUGAUGGAAUAGGCCGCAUCUGUAUAGUGCCUUUGCUGCUCCUGACCUGAAGUCGACAUGUCAGUCGGUCGGACAGAGUAUGGUAACAGGGAGAGCUCAACAGCACCAUCCAUUACUCCACACAUCUAGCUAGAACGGCGGCCAUCUUGGUUUGGCAUUGUUUUCAUCUUGAGCAUUAACAAGACAGUUGACUGUAAGUUGGGUCUUGAAGGGUUGUACCGACUAACGGGUUAAGUUAACGAAAGGAUAUAGUUACCUUGAAAGGUGGAAAGCAGUGGUUCUUUGUUUUAGAAGUAUUUUGUUCACGACCAAAGAAUGUCUAACUGGAGGAGUCCAACAGUCCUGAGAGAUGGCCAUGAUAUGAAGCUAAAUGGAAAGCCUGGAUUUUUCAUACCUUUUUAUUUCUUUUCAAUUACUUUUUAAAUCUAGCUGAAAGCUUUGACUCAUAAGGUCAUACAUUUGAUCAAGAAUUCAGACAUGCUUGAUAUACAUCAGAAUGUUUAAUUUUUUUUCAAUGCUGCUCAUCUAUCUACAAAACGGAAAUAACUUUUUUUGUUUUUCACUGUCCACGUGGUUGGUUGCAUGUGCUUUUUCUGUCGCCUGUAUCCCAUUCAACAUCAUGACUACUGCAGGGGCUGUGUGUGCUCUGCUUUGAAGCAGCAGCAAUAACUGUCCACGUGUAUCUGGUGUGUGUGUGUAUGUGGUGCUUUAGGAAUGAAUGUGUAUCAGUAUGUGUAGGGGCUGCAGUGUUGUCAGUCUGCAUGGUGACUGUUUAAACCUUCUCUUUAAGACACUUUUGUACAUGUCAAUGUUGAUUUACACUAAUUGCUAACUCUUUACAACCCGUCAAAAACAGCACUGAUAACACUUUUUAAAAAUCUGGUCCUCAUUCAAGUAUUUCUUUGGUGAUUCUCAUGAAACUAGUCAUCUGUAGCAAAUAUCAACUAUCAUUCUGAAGACAAAGUCCAGUUUUUGGCAGUCUUAUUUGAAAUAAAGUUUUCACCCCAAAUGCUCAUUACCGAAAUGCAUCUGUAUUCAAUUCUGAGGUAAUUUUAUACUAGUUGAAGUGGACAUGUCUCAUUACCAUAACACUUUCAAGUUUCUGUAAAAACUCUUAAAUGUUUUUAAAUCAUCUUUUAUUCACUCAUGAUGCAUCAUCUUGAGCAGGGUUUCCCAAAGUCGGUCCUGGGGCCACGCCCCGGGUGCACGUUUUGGUUUUGGUCCUAGCACUAUACAGCUGAUUUGAAAUAAUCAAAGCAAACGAGCUCCCAGAGGUGGCCCCAGGACCGACUUUGGGAAACCCUGAUCUAGGGGUUAACUUGAGCACAAGUUAAUUUAUCCACUUAUAUGCCUUCAGAAUGGGGUUCUUAUUCUCAAACAACCCCUUUACCCCACGUGGUCUUCUCAUUACUGAUUUGGCUAAAAAGCUCAAAUUGGGAAAAAUCAGAACCAUUACCUUAAACAUGGAGGCAUGAAUGGGCUUUAGUGAUGUGGUCAAUUGUUUGCUGACUCAUAAUGGCUAAGGGCCUCAUUACCAAAACAAAUGUCUCAAUAAAUAUGGGGUGUAAAAACCCUGUUUAAAUUACUUUUAAGCCACGAUCAUCAGUUUGUGUUUCAGCAAAGAGCAACCCCACCACAAAGGAGAAUAUCCCCAAUUUUGACAUGUGUACCUGUUUUUCACACUUACCUAUACUGUUGUUUAAUAUCCCAAGACAGUUGUCGUUCCACGUAUUUAGAUGCUUUAUAGGCAUAUUGUGUUAUGCCGUUUGCCCAUAGGAUCCUAUUCAAUCCAGAAAUACAUCUUUAAUAAAAUGUACAACCACAAAUAUCCACGUCCUAAUACACCAAUAUUACCUGUAAAGACCUUGGAGAAGUAUUUUUUUGCAGUUAUGUUUAAGUCCUCUUUUGAAAAUGCAUGCAUAUAAUUACAGUACUUAUACUGAAAUAAGUGCUAUUUUAGUACUAUGCAAGGAUUAUUUGGGAUUAACAAAUGAUGAAACUGAUUUGUUGGGUUACUGAAUCUCUGGUAGAGAUCAGUACAGGUUUUUCAAUGGCAAAUUAUGCAACACUAAUUUCCGAAACCUGCUCAUUACCGUAAUGCGGAAAUAUUAGGACACUUAUGCAAUUGUGUCUUAAUCUGAUGUGUACGUAAAUUAAAUAAAACAAUUUGAAUGUAUACAAAAGUUAUUGAUUCAAAAAGGUUGUUACUGUAAUAUUUCCCGAAAUACAUUUUAAAUGUUUAACUCAGGCCUUUGCAUUAGGGAAGAAUAAUGGUAAAAAUAUUAUACAUUUAUUUGUUUGACUUUUUGGGAGUUUAAAAAGUGUUGCGGUAAUGAAGAUUGUUGCAUUGGUAGUUGUAAAACGCAUUAUCUGAUCAAUAAACAAGACUAAUUAUGAGAUAGGAAAGUACAUGUCCUCUUGGAUCACCGAGAUUAGGAUAUUUAUUUUUUAAAUGUCCGUUUCAUGAGAAUGACCCUAAAAACAGUGCCUUCAGAAAGUAUUCACACCCCUUGGGAUUUUCCACAUUUUGUUGUGUCAUAAGGUGUGAUUAAAAUAUUUAUUUGUAUGUUUUUGUCAACGAUCUGUCAAAGUGGAAGUAAAAUUCUAACGUAUGUAAAAACAAUUCUGAAAAAUAAAACUAUCUUGAUUACAUAAGUAAAGAACCCUGAGUCAAUACAUGUUACUCACCUUUGGCAGCGAUUAAAGCUGUGAGUCUUUCUGGGCAAGUCUCUACGAGUGUUACACACCUGAAUUGUAUAAUAUUUGCUCAUUGUUCUUUUAAAAAUGAUUCAAGCUCUGUCAAGUUGGUUGUUGAUCAUUGCUAGACUGCCAAUUUAAGUCAAAACUGUAACUAGGCCACACAGGAACACUCAAUGUCGUCUUGGUAAGGAACUCUGUAUAUUUAGCCUGGUGUUUUAGGUUAUCGUCCUGCUGAAAGGUGAAUGUCUUCUAGUGUCUGUUGAAAAGCAGACAACUAGAUUUUCCUCUAGGAUUUUGCCUGUGCUUAGUUCUAUUCCAUUAUAUUUGUAUCCUAAAAAAACUCCCUAGUCCUUGCCGAAGAUUAGCAUACCCAUAACAUGAUGCAGCCACCACCAUGCUUGAAAAUAUGAAGAAUGGUACUCAGUGAUGCAUUGUUUGAUUUGCCCCGAACAUAACACUUUGUAUUCAGGAUAAAGUUCAUUUAUUUGCCACAUUUUUUGCAGUUUUACUUAAGUCCCUUAUUGCAAAACAGGAUGCAUGUUUUGGAAUAUAUUUAUUCUGUACAGGCUGCCUUUUCACUCUGUCAUUCAGGUUAGUAUUGUGGAGUAACUGCAAUGUGGUUGAUCCAUCCUCAGUUUAUCACCGCCAUUAAACUCACUGUUUUAAAGUCACUUUCCUUCCUCUCCGGAAACAGAGUUAGACCCGUAUCUCUGUAGUGACGGGGUAUAUUGAUGCACCAUCCAAAGUGGAAUUCAUAACUUAACCAUACUCAACGGAAUAUUCAAUGUCGGCUUUAUUUUUUAUCCAUCUACCAAAUAGGUGUCCUUUAUUGCGAGGCAUUGGAAAACCACCCUGGUCUUUGUGGUUGAAUCUGUGUUUGAAAUUCACUGCUCAACUGGGGUCCUCACUGAUAAUUGUAUGUGUGGGGUACAGAGAUGAGGUAGUCAUUCAAAAAUCAUGUUAAACACAUUGUACACAGAGACCAUGCAACUUAUGUAAAUGGUUAAGCACAUUUUUACUCCUUAACUUAUUUAGGCUUGCCAUAACAAAGGGUUUGAAUACUUGACAUUUCAGCUUGUAAUUUUAAAAAACCUAAUUCCACUUUGAAAUGGGGUAUCGUGUGUAGGCCCGUGAUUAACUCAAUACAAAUACAUUUUAAAUUUAGGCUGUAACACAAUGUAGAAAGUCAUGGUUUGUGAAUAUUUUCUGAAGGCACUGUACUGAUUUGAACUGCUCCUGCACUGUCUGGUCAAUCCAUAGUAAAUGAUAAAGGCUCUUAGUUGAAAGACUGCCAUGUUAUUGUGAGUGACUUGGUCAGCUGUCUGGCUUGCUGUAUGUCUACAUGUCUGGCUAGCAGAUGGGCUGGCUGUCCAUCUAGCUCAGGGUUUCCCAAUCCCCCCUGGACUGUCUGGCCAGCUGUGUCUGCCUAGCUGUCUUUGAAGGCCUGAACACCUUUUUCUUUCAAUGCCAGUCCUCCCUUUACUCUGGGUUCAAGAGGUCAUUCUCAAACACUUGGCAUUGUACCAUAUCAUUUUGAUCAAGUAGACUCCUGUGUCGUUAGCAUCCAUUUCUGCAUUACAUUGGUUUAGUCUACCUCAGAUUGGCACAGGCACUUAAAUAGCACUAUGGUUAACCUGAAAGAUUAUUCUUUCCCUGUUGAGAUCAGGUUUCUCAGCUUACUGGAUACAUUUAAUAUUGUGGUUGUCACGAAGGCCAAGAGAUUUGCGGUCUAGGCUGCGCCUCAUCAUAUUCUGGGUUAAGAGCUGUUACAGGCGCAGCCUGUGCCAAGUAUCUGCCCACUAACUCCACCCUUAUAGUUGAGAAGUGGUCACCAACCCUGGUCCUGGAGAGGGCUACAAGGUUAGUGCAGGCUUUUGUUCCAGCACUAAUACCUCGUUCAUAGCAAUUGCUCAUCAAUACUUUAAAUUGAAGCGGGUGUUUCAGUGCUCGGCUGGAGCAAAAACCUGCCCCUCUAAACUGUCAUAGUUUACCAUCUUAUUGUACAUUGUCACGUAAUUAUCUUUGUAAAAUGUUAACUUGCGUGUGUAUAAAGAAGCGUUCGACAAAUGUAACGUAAAAAAAAAGAUGGCACUACACAUUAAUCUGGCUUGUUUCACGUGGACGCCGGCCGUCGUCAUGCAUGAUAUCGAUUGUCUUGUUCAUUCCUCGUCCACUUGAGGAUAUCAUAGCACCGUUUUAUAUACUUUAGAAAUUCGUCCUUCCUCAUUUCCUUCAGGUAAGCACAAAUCUAAGUUGAUGGAUAGAUGAAAGGAAGGUUAACACUCACUUCCACUGAUCUGUAACUUCAAGGAAGGAUACAUUUCUGGUGUAUUGCAACAGGGCCCCGUGUGUAGCGUUUGUGCCUGAGAGUCACGUUACCCUGCAUUCGUCAACCAAUGGUUGCGUGCCAUGUCAGACUGACAUGUAAAAUAUCUAUUCAGGCAUUGUAAGAUCUGUCAUGCAUCAGCAAUGUCUAAGCUCUGAAACGCAGUCCUUGUUUGUCAUGGUGACCGUCGGGAACCCUGUGUUCCACUGACUACCUGUCCUGGAAGAAGGGAUGUGUGUCUGAUUAAGGAAAGACAAUUUUCCAUCAUGACUAAAUAAAAGGGGUCUGUAUUUUC